AUGUUUAUGCCCAAUCGUAUUAAUGGACGCCAAGGACUGCUCGUCUGUAGUCGACUACUGCGUCCUUUCGUCAGCAGUUUCAGCAACGUCGCAUCUCCUCCCUCCCCUGCAAUUGGCCUCAGGGAUCACAACAUCAACCACAUGUUUGGUGCCUACGAGGAGGUUCUUUCCAUCCAGAUCCACUAUCUUCGUCAGGGCCUAGGAGCCAACAAUAUCCUCCUAUUUCCCGGUCCAUUCGGCUCCAUCAGGACUGAUUACAUGGUCUUCCUACAGCGUCUUAACAGAAAUGAGUACGUUCCGUGGGGCGGCUUGACACUGUGUUUUGACCAACUGGUGUAGAUAUACAUAGACCAAGAUAGAGAUGUAGAAAUUCGCAUGAGGAUACACUAUAUAGAAGUUCGAAAGGAAUACGCUCUUUGGGAAAGAUUAACAAGGUUUAUUGUAAAUUUUCGAUCUUGGUUCCCCAAGUCGUCCUCAGACGUGGAAUAAGUGUGCAAAACAGUCAACAUUUAAACAUGCCGAAAAAUCGAUUUUGCCUUGCCAUUCCUGCUGGUGUCUUGCUCUGAUUGGCUAAUGCCUUUUCCACUUUUCCUUGAGGCUGUUGUACUCCGUAUCCAAUUCUACGUGUUUAUUGAUGCCUGCGUUAUCAGAAUGGAUGGCCUCUAAAAAUUCACGGCCCUUUUUAGAUGAACAGACACCUACAAUGCGGGUCCUGUCCCAGGCGAAUUUGUGUCCGGUUUCCAAAGUACGCAUGGCAAUUUGGGACAAGUAGUCUCGGCUUUUUACGGCCAACUGAUGUUCGUGUAUUCGUGUAGAGGCCGAUUUUCCGGUUUGAUCACAGUAAACCGCAUUACAGGUGUUGCAUGGUAUCUUAUAGACGACUUCCUUCUUAUCUAAAUAGCCAACCCUAUCCUUAGGGUGUACAAGCUGGUUACGAAGUGUAGUCGUCGGUUUGUGCGCCACAUGUAUCUGGUGCUAUAUAGAAGUGUCCCACUAGCCGACGACUACAGUACGUAGGCUGCUGAUUCACACUCAGGAUUGGGUAUAGCAGUUUGGUAAGCGUUAACACGCAAAAUCACCGCCACCGCCACCGUUACAGGACAGGUUAGUUAAACGGUCUUCGGCUAGAUCGCAAUUGGUAGCCAGAACCCCUAUUACAGGUGGCGGGGGUUUGUUUACUGGGGCUAUUUUAUGGGGCUCCAUGAUCACAUCUGACCCAUUUGGCUUCCGUUAUACGUUUGAGGUUACGAGUAGGGUACCGUUUAAUGGUUUCCGAUUUUCGGGUUAGGGUUAUGCCUUUAGGCUUAGGUUUUCGGGUUACGGUUAGGGUUUGAGAGGACGAUUAGGUUUCAGUAUUAUGGUUAGGUUUUCAAGUUACGGCUAUGUUUAAGGGCUACGGUUACGUUUACGAUUUCGGUUACGGUUAGGGUUAGGUUUGACGUUAGGGCUAACGGUUAACGUUUAGGGUUAGGGUUCGUUUUAAGGUUAGGAUUAGGGUUAAGGUCGCCGUCUGCUUCCCCACUUCUGGCUACCAAUUGCAAUCUGGCCGAACCUACAUCGGACAGCAGGGUGUCGCAGAGGCGGUGACAUGUGCGUCAUUUAGUUAUUAAUAGUGGUAGACAUACAAUGUAUCUACCCCAGUCUCUCCUUCUCAUCCACAACCGCCUGGGCUCCUGGUAAGUUGUGGCUAUGCAGCCCCACCUGAUGGACACAAUACUCUUUGGGUUGGGGUUAUGGGUUAGGGCAGCUAAAUCUCAACAUUUCAAAGUAUUUCAAUUUCCAAUAGCUUUUCUUUUGCACAAAUUACUUGACAUCUUUGCCCGCGGGUUCGCCGGCCGCACCUGCAAAAACUCCUAUUACCACCGGUCUCGUAUUACAGAUGGCUGGGGUUUGUUUACUUCAGGUGGGAUUACAUAACCACACCUGAUGGGGCCCAUUUUUCAUGACAAAAUCAAGAAGACCGCAGGUGGGAGAGAACCGCGCCUUGACCAGGGCGCUGCGUGCGUGGGUGGGUGCACACAUGACCUUUGUCCGCCUGCAAUCCCGAUCAGCAAAUGACACGUCGUGGCCAUAUCACGUGCGUUGCAAUUGGCAGGAGGUGUUACUUAGGCUGACAGAAGGCGUCAUGAGAGAAUAACCAGACUGACGACCAGGAGAACGGACUGCCACAGACACACAAGUUCGCCCCAACCGCUAAAUGUCCUACCACACAACAUCUCCGCUACCGCCGUCGCAGGACAGGUUAGUUAUCUUACGACAGGGACCUAGCUGUCCGCCUCCCCAUUUCUGGCUACCAACUGCGAUCUAACCGAGACCUGCAUUGGAGUUGGACAAAAUACGGAGCCCUCUUAAGAUUGGGCAUGGUUUCAUUGAUAUUGCAUCCACAGUUGAAUAGUGUUACAGGUCGAUGCGCCCUGUCCGUCAGGACUAAUUGCACAUGUAUCUGCAUUUAUGUUGUGCCAGAUAAUAUAGGGCAUUUUGCAAUUUUAAAAAUCCAACUGCAUCUUCUCCUAUCGGAAUCAUUGUAGAGCGUGCAUGUUCAAUCCCCAUGAACUUGGUGGACACUGAGGACUGCUCGUCUCCUUCCUCCUUCCGAAUUGGCCUCAGCGAGGCUCGCCGCAAAAAUCAAAUGUUUGGUGCCUACGAGGAGGCCCUUUCCGUCAGCAUCCGCUAUCUGCUCCAGGCGCCUACGAGUCAACAAUAUCCUGCUCAUUCCCUCCCUCCCAUCCUCGUCUCCGCCAUCACUGAUUGCGACGUCUUAAGCAAAAUGCUUGUUCUCCAUGGCGGCUUCGUGUUGCGUGCAUUCAAAAGGCGACAUCUUGGUGAGUCCGAAAUAGCAUAGCGUUAUGCCGUAUGAUAAUCAAUGUUACAACCCAACCUAAGUAAUCCUUCCUUAUCGGAAACUCCAUUCAGAAUUUCGAUCAACAUUUCAUGAGACCGGUCACGAGAUGUAGCUGCUUUGCAUGCCCCAUUUUUAUGCACUGUGGAUGGAGGCCUAUUUGCUGAAAAUUUUGGAAUGACACUUGCAAAAUGAGAUCUAUCGUGCUCCCUCUCUCCCUCUCCCUCUCUCUAACACAGGCGAAAGAACGAAUGAUGUUAUAUAAAUGCGACUGACAGGCAGAGAAGGCCUCGAUGAUGCCGACUAGAUCAGGCAUGAUCGCAGCCGUACCAUGGAGAAGAAGAAGAGUAAGACAUGAGGGUCAGACCUACACACAUUCUGUCAAGCUUGAUGACACGAAAACCAUCUUUUGAUGUGGAGGCGGUUCUCAGACCUGAAUUAAAUCAACAUAAAAAUAUCAGACUGAGUCCCGAAGACGAGUCUGAACCUUCACAAGAUCAUGCAAUAUUUCGACACAAAAUUGCAUUUUGCAUCAACCGCGACCGACCUGAUACGCGAACCUAUGAGAAGAGACCUGGGUAAGAUCGCAGUUAUUAGCCAGACAUUGUGCUGAUACUGUCGACGUACGUACUCGUUGUCAGUAGGUUCCCGUUAGGGUCACUGUUAAUGUUAAGGCUAGGGCUAAGGUUAGGCUUAAGGUUGUGUUCAGGCUUAAAGUUAGGGCUAGGGAUAGGCAUAAGGUUGGUGUUAGGGUUAUUGCUAGGUUUUGGGUAAGCGUUGGGUCGUAGGAUUUUGGUUACGUGUCGGUUUUGAGGCUUAGGGUUAGGCCUUACGGUUGCCGUCAGGGGUUGGAUUUUAGGGAUAAGCGUGGGGUUUACAUUCCUGCCAUUAUUCCCCCUACUUUUAAAUUCACAGCACUUUCUCUGGUAAAUAUACUUUUACCCAGAAACAGCCCUUCCAUUUACCCCACCUAUAUAACCCUCUUUCCCACCAUUGCCGUACGACAGGGACCUGGCUGUCCGCCUCCCCAUUUCUGGCUACCAACUGCGAUCUAACCGAGACCUGCAUUGGAGUUGGACAAAAUACGGAGCCCUCUUAAGAUUGGGCAUGGUUUCAUUGAUAUUGCAUCCACAGUUGAAUAGUGUUACAGGUCGAUGCGCCCUGUCCGUCAGGACUAAUUGCACAUGUAUCUGCAUUUAUGUUGUGCCAGAUAAUAUAGGGCAUUUUGCAAUUUUAAAAAUCCAACUGCAUCUUCUCCUAUCGGAAUCAUUGUAGAGCGUGCAUGUUCAAUCCCCAUGGACUUGGUAGACGCUAAGGACUGCUCGUCUAAUUCCUCCUUCCGAAUUGGCCUCAGGGCCCGCCGCAAAAAUCAAAUGUUUGGUGCCUACGAGGAGGCCCAUUCCGUCAGCUUCCGCUAUCUGCGACAGGCGCCUAGGAGGCAAGAAUAUCCUGCUUAUUCCCGUGGGCCCCUCGUCGCCACCAUCACUGAUUACGAGGCCUUAAGAGGAAUGCUCGUUCUCCAAUGUAGUUUGGUGUUGGGUGUAUUUACAAAGUGAUGUAGAUGUAGAUCAGGAUACACCUGGAAAGUCGCAAGCGGAAAUACGAUAUUCAAAUGACGCAGAUACCAUCGACUACAAUACGCAGUCAAUUUGUACACUCUGAAGAUUGGGUGGGGAUGCUAGCAUAUAGAGACCGCUCACUGGCACGCAUGUCAGAAAAGUAUUGCUUUUAAGGCACGUCUGGAGAGUGAACUGCCUUGCACACACACACCUAUGUCCUACAAGGUCCUGGGAUUCAAUAUCCUUCGAUGUUUUCAUUGAUCCUUGAUGGCGGAUUGGAGUGAGAGUUUGAGACGUCGCAGUAGUAUCAUGCUAGAUCUGGGUCUUUUCUUCUGCAAAUAUCUUACCUGGCUUGCAGGUAGUUACACAUCUCACGCCUGUAGAUAAGUAUAAAACGGACAGUCAAUCUGUCGGCCGUAUUCUCCAGAAUGACUGCCCUCAGUGAACCCUGUCCCGAUAAUGACAGGCAGUGAUGCACUAUCUGGACUUCCUGCGAAAAUUGCAGCAAAGGUCCAUUUUCUGAAUGAUGGACAGCAGAUCAGCGCCGUACAUCAGUAUGAAUGUAAUCUUAGAGCACUUUAUGCAAAAGGAGGAUUUCGCCCUGUCGUCGCUCACGAUCAUUCAUUUCGGAAUGCAUGCUUGCGAUGAUAAUGCUGCAUGACGGUACUGUGUGACGGAUACACGACAAAGACUUCGUGCUGUGUGCACACUGGUGUAAACUAUGCAUGGCAAAGGUGUCUGACGUCUGUUGACAACGUAUUUCUCUCCGCCCCCAUCUUCCAUCCCUUCCUGUCUGCAGGUUUACUGUGAUGGACUCUCAUUCGUCGGACUGCGUUCUCAGCAUUCCAACUUCACGCAUGCUCGCCCGCUAGCCCGCGACUGGAGUGAUCCCGAGGCCCUGCUGUAGGAUGCCAGACUUGACGUGAAUUUGAUACAGCAGUUGGGCCACUUGGCCAUCUCCUGCGUCGGCUGGUCCGAGGGCGACCAUUCAGCCAUCUAGACAGCAUCAGACUUGAAUUUCGACGGUCAGCCGCGUUUACAUUGGCCAGUUCUGCUGGUGGCGCAUUAGGCCAUUUGUCCGGAAAUGCGCUCAUUAUGGGUGUUGACACCAAUCACGUGUCCCCUGACAUUGCGAUUUAAUGAUCUGUGUCUAUACUCCUCAUACAAUGUUUCUGUUAAUGCUGACAAGUACUAAAAUAAAAAGCACGAUAAAUGCACAGAAAGAUGUGCUAUUUUUUUCCCAAAUAUUGGGAUGUGUCAUCUGGUUGAAACGGUUGUUUAUGUGGACUUGGAAGAGGCGAUGGCAGAAUGCGCAUUCUGCCAAGUUAUCUCAUUGGCUGUGGCCUGCUGAUUUGCAAAGUCACCUGGAUAUCGUUUGAAAGCAGGACGAAAUACGUUCGAGACCGUUUUGCUCAAAGCUGUGAGCUAGAGCGUCCACAGAUAGUCGCACAGCAACCCACCUUCAUAUAUCAGACCUCUUCUGAUUGUCAUUGGGGUGUUUCUGUUUAUUAAGGGAAAAACCAUUGAUAUGUGUGAAGGUGAAAAGGGAAUUUUGUACAUAACGCCGGACAGCUGCCAGCUAGCCGAAAAAUAGUAAUCAUUAACGGUUACUUCCUAAUUGCAAGUAGCACAGGCACACACGUUAGUGUCGGGUUACGUGAGUGGAUGUGAGGCUGGUGAUUGGGAAGCAUGAUAAGCGUCAAGUCUACACUUCAAGGAAUUCACACAGGAGGCAACUACAACAUCGGUAGGCAGGGCAUUCCACGCUGCAACUACUCUGUUACUGAAAAAGAACCUUCGUCCAUUGAUCCUUUCUUUCCCUGCGCGUAGUUUUAGGGGAUGACCGCGCAAGGUGGGCGUGUUAGCUUGAGUAAACUAAUCAGUGGGAUCUGAACAACAGUCUAGGCCGUUGAUAAUGCGAAAUGUUAACAUAAGGGAAACAGGUUGAGAGUUGACAGUCUGGUUUCAUAGGGCAGUGCUCACAGACCUCGUGUAUGUUUGUUCUUGACUAAUGAAAUACUACUUUGUCAUUUAAAUGUGACCCUGCCUUUGGACUUAGGCGUACGUCUGUGGGGAUACCAACUAAUAAUAACUGGACGUGGUCUUAGCUAUGUGAUGAAUUAGGAUAUUGGAUAAGGACCUUUAUCAGUUAGUGGAAUAAUGAAAUAUUUGUAGGAAGGGGUACGCACAUGGGAAUGAAGGAGGCAUUAGUGGUCACGGGUUACCCGAAAGGGGGGAGGUGUGAUGGGUAGGCGGGAGGUCGGAAGUGAGCGUUGACGCACUGGCCCAGAAAUCUGUACAGCUCAUCCACGUGAGCCACACAGGAUCAGUUUGAAUUCUGUUUAAAGUGGGAAAAUGAGAGGUGGGGCUGACCGUGACAAGCAUCGCGCUCACAUCUCCAACCCGAUCUCAGUGUCACACACACACACACCAGUUGAAAUCCGGCAGGGACUAGAACGGGGAUAGAUGAUAAUCCACAAUUAGUUGGAAGCUAACCCCCAUCAACUGUGGGGAGGAAAUUUCACAUAAAACGAAAUACUAUAUAUACAUGGGGGUAACAGUGGAUGCCUUGUGAAAUCAAGUCAGUCAAGACAGAUGGCGUUGAUUUUUUCGGCGCAUUUCCCUGUCGUGUUGGCUGGCAAUCAUGGCGUCUAAGAUUCGUCUUCAGUGCCAUUUCUAAUAGAUUUUGUCAGUCCACAUCAAGAUCAAUUCGCCGUAGCAAUUGGAACGUGAGUAAAAGCUCACGGACGUCUUGUCGAUAGUGGAGACGAUAAACGUUUAAGGCUGUCAGGCGCUUUUCGUACGUCAAAUAUUUGAGUUCAGGGACAAGCUAUAUAGCACGUCCUUGCACACCACCUUCGAGAUGAGCUAUGCCCUCCCGAAGUAACGGACGCCAAGCCUGUACCACAUACUCCAUGUGUGUCCACACAAAUGUUCCCUAUACAUCACCGACGAUAUCGGCAUCCAGUUCGUGCAAGGUUCUGCCCACAGUCCUUGAAGUUGUCGUUGUCUGCACUGCGAUGUUACGCUCACAUCGUCUUUAAUGAAUACUUCACACAUAUAUAUACGGUGAAGGCUGACCUAUUCCGUAUGUUGCGACCUAUCAAACGAUAUGGGUUGUGAGAUGACCAAGUGCAUGAGGUGAGAUGGGGGAGACAGCAGUAGAGGUCGGAUCUGCUGUACAGAUAUUCGGUAGUUGUCAGGGCGCUAUCCGCCCCACCGACAAAUGCGCGGCCACAUCUGAGACUGUGCACACGCAAGUCUGUUCGUUAGGGUGCUUUACCUGAAAAUCGACCCAGAGGCAUGGAAGGACGUCGCGGAAGAUGGACAGGAGUGGCGCAUUAGCGUAAAGGUUGGAUUAGCAAUGUAGGAAAACCAGGAGUGUGGCCGGCAACACUCAAAUGCUACGGAUAAAUACUGUCAGCACCCAAAACCCUGCCAUCACUUCCACACCGUGAGCGGACCUUCGGGGACGGACCGACUUCACAACACACAACCACUACCGCCGCCGACGACGCUGCCACCACUGACAACACCAAUGAGGACACUCCUACCUACCUGCAAAAUAUAUACAACCACUCCUCCUCAUCCUCCUACCUCUAA